GGCAGAGGCUGAAACUGAGUCAUGUGUGCAUAUUUGGAUACGUCACACCCUCUUGCUGUAGUAGACAAAGAACAAACUAGCUCCUUGCCAUAAAUCUCAUGCCUACAGGAUGCUUCGGGAGAACAGAUCAAUUGUGCCUUAGUGCCUUACAGACGGAAGAAAAUCCCCUCCCAACACCACUGAGAUGAACUAAAACUGUGUUGCCUUUCUUUUUGGUAUCUGGAUUUAGCAAACUACAAUGAAGAUUCUGGUUUUCACUGGACUGCUCUCUCUAACAUCAACUUUUACGACAGCUUUAGAGUCUUCACUGAAUGAUUCUGCAAUUAAAACUGUGUCUCUUAUCAAGACUUUCCGUGGAAUUUUACCAAGAGACUAUGAUUACAUCCCACCUCAUGCUAUAGAAGGGGAGACAAAGACAAUCCAUAUCAAGGAAAACAAAAGUUCUGUGAAGAAAUAUAAUGACUCCACUUUAACAGAAGUGAACAACACCACAUUGGAAUACCUGACUAGUUCUCUGAGCACCAAGUUAAUACCCACUGUCUACCUCAGUGCUGUUUUACUGGGUGUACCAUCUAAUGCCAUCAUUUUGUGGAUGCUGCUCUUCAGAAUCAGGUCUGUGUGCACUGCCAUCCUCUACACAAACUUGGCUGUUUCAGAUUUGCUCUUCUGCAUCAUGCUGCCAUUCAAAAUAGCAUACCAUAUCAACAAGAACAACUGGAUUUUUGGAGAAAUUAUGUGUCGAACUACAACUGUGGUAUUUUAUGGCAAUAUGUACUGCUCCAUUCUGCUGCUCACGUGCAUUAGCGUCAGUCGCUAUGUGGCCAUCGUUCACCCUUUCACCUACAAGAGCCUGCCAAAACGCACCUAUGCCAUUGCUGUCUGUGCCACUGUGUGGACCAUCGUCUUUUUGUACAUGCUUCCACUCUGCAUAAUGCAGCAAACCUAUUACGUGAAACAACUGGGCAUUUACACCUGCCAUGAUGUGCACAGUGCCUGCAAAACUGUAUCUUCCUUCCAGUUCUACUACUAUGUUUCUCUAGCUAUCUUUGGAUUCUUAAUGCCUCUUGCAAUCAUCAUUUUCUGCUAUGUUUCGAUUAUUCGAACACUCAAGACUCACGAGUGGUUCUGGUAUGUGAAAGUCAGUCUUUUGAUUCUUACCAUCUUUGCUAUUUGCUUUGUACCAAGCAAUAUUAUUCUUAUUAUCCAUCAUAUCAACUAUUACUACUACAACACAGAUAAUUUGUAUUCUUUUUAUCUGAUAGCUUUAUGCCUCAGCAGCUUAAACAGCUGUCUUGAUCCUUUCCUUUAUUUUCUAAUGUCAAAAAUACGAAGUCAAUCCAAUAUAUACCUAACAAUGGUUAAAAUAACCAGGGAAAUGUGAAUUUUAUUCUAUAUUUAUAUUAUUGGAAUUAUGAUUUUGUAUAGUACUAACCCAGGUAGCAAUAAACCUCAGAUUUGACAAUUAAAUCUAAAAAAAAAAAAUAAAAAUAAAAAUUCUAAGGUUGUUAAAUCAUGGCCUCAGUGAAAUUUACUUCUUCCAAACCCCACACAAGAGGCAUCAUCAAACAUACUUCUCUGUUUUGUUCUGUGUGCUACAAAGUCAGGUGAACCUACCUAGAUUGAGGGAAGCAGCUGAGAACUUCCUUCUGAGAAGAUCAACCAUAUGGUCACACUAUAAUAUCAGUGACCACAGAACAAGAGAGGAAUCCAUCCAGCACUUUUAAGGCCCAUUCUUGACUUGAAACACUUUAUAUGUUCUUUGUGCCCACAAUCACUGCAGGACUAAUGAGAAUGUGAGGUUCUGAUACAUUGGGAAUAGGAACAAGUGAAAGCUCUAGCUGUUCCUGAGCUACAACGCAUUAUGGCACACAACUACGAGCAGAUUCUGCCCUAGGUAUU